AUGUCUCCCUCAGGUACCGAUGCCUCAGUUGAGACCAGGUCAGCACCGCAAUAUACCGAGCUUCCGGAAAGGGCCCAAAAAGCAGUCGACAACUUUAUACCCCCGGAGGCUUUAGUCGAGGAACGUGCCCGCCACUUUGACUCCGUCAAGCCCCGCCCUUCAGACCAAGACGAUGACACGGAAACUCUGGAUGGCGUGGUGUUUACGCACCACUUCGUGGAUGCACCGGGAGAUCACGAGUUUGUAAGAUUUCACUACGUGGGAGCUGGGACUGGAGAAGCAAUUGUCUUUCUUCACGGCAUACCAGAUUCUUGGUAUCAAUGGCACCACCAAAUGGCAAUGCUCUCCAAGAACUAUCGAUGUAUCGCCCCCGAUCUCAAGGGCUACGGGCAGUCAGAAAAGAAGCCGGGGGAUUAUCGUCAUGAAGGGGCUGCAGACAACCUCUAUGCCAUGCUCGAAAAGAUAGGCGUGGCCGCCACGAAAUUCAACGUCGUCACCCACGAUCGAGGUACCGUACAGGCCGACUACAUUGUAGCAAAGUACCCAGAAGCCGUGCUGCGCUAUGGUCGUGGCGAGCAACACCUAUACCACUUCAACCCUGUUCUGGCUCCACAAGGUGACAUCUUCAAAGACGCACCAUAUACUGGGAUAAUGGAAGACCCCAAGCGAUUCGUGGUGUGGGUUUACACGUGGAUAGCGAAGCGACCUAUCCCAGACGACGAGUUCACUCGUAUCAUCCAGGAGUUUUCUUACCUUGGUAUAACUCGCGCCGUCCCACGAUACUUCAACUCAUCGACGUUUCGGGCUGAAUGGCUCGAUCGCCGCAAUCGGCUGCUCAGGACCUGGAAGUGUCCAGUCAUGAUUAUGCAGGGCUACGAAAGCAGAACCCAACCCCGCGAGUUCUACGAAGCCGCGAGAGAGUACAUUCCCAAUGCGAAGGAAGUGCGAGUGAAGUACAUGCCCGGAGGCCAUUUCUGGACAAUGGAGAGUCCGGAGGAAACAACUGAAGCAAUCCAAGAGCUGCUUGCCUUACCCACCUAG